CGAGUACUGCUUGUCUCACUUUCCCGCGGCGAGCGCGCUCCUCCCUCUCCACCGCGGCUUGCCCCACUGCCGGCAUCGUUGAUGCGGUGACAUUCCCGUAGGCAGCAGUCCUCUUUCCGGCGCGCUCCCGUCAAGACCUGGCGCACCGGCUUUCCUUGCUGCUCGCAUCCCGACUUGCGUAGCGUGCCGCGUUCCAUACACAACAGCUCGGUACUCCUGCGGCCUUCGCUUUUCACUCGUGCUACGGAUAUGUGCCGACCGCUGGCCGCGCGUGCUGACGAGGCUCUCCUUUACUUCUCCGAUAAGGUCCAAUAAUUUGCUGCAGCCGAUCGACUGUCGGCAUUUCUAGCCCCUUUCGUUAUUUCUCAUUAACUGAGCGCACUUUCAGAGUGUCAUUGCUGCAGCUCAUCUAGCUUUCACACCAUGUCCCCCUUUCUGCAGGUGUACUCGCUGCCAGAGAGAAACGCGUCUGCCAACAUUCAAGGUUAGCUUACUUUCCUCCUGUCUUCCUUAUUUUGGACGCGUCGUUCAGUACGGAAGCAUUCGCGGCAGUACAUUGUCACUCUUCAGUGUUCCCUGCGAAUAACGUUAUCACGUAGAAAGAAAGACGAACGGGCUUGCUUUCUUGACGAGUUCGCCGCUCUCAGCUCUUAGCCUUUCUCUAUCUUCGCCGCACAGGGAAAGUAACCACGCAGUUUCAGCCCUUUAGCUCCUCAGUAGGCGAUUUCUUUUUUCGGCUUCGGCAUACGCCGUUUCCGUCAUGCUCAACAUGAGUGCGGACAGCAAUUUUUCCAACUCGACUAACUUCACCGAUGGCUUAGAAGCCAGUCCAGUCAAGUACCCCUUAAUCAAGAUUAUCCACGACUGGUUGAUCGUCGGCAUCUUGGUGUCCAUCAUGUUUGGCAUGGGGUGCCAUGUCAAGUUGUCUGAGCUUUGGGCGCACCUGCGGCGACCAUUCGGCGUGGCUGUGGGAAUGUUGUGCCAGUUCGUGAUGAUGCCCCUGCUGGCGUUCGGCCUGUUGACGUCCAUGCGAUUAAGCGGCCUCUAUGCCAUCGGCAUGCUCAUCAUGGCCUGCUGCCCCGGUGGGACUGUCUCCAACGUAUUCGCAUAUUUCGUCGACGGCGACGUCCCUCUCAGCAUCGCCAUGACGCUGUGCUCGACGGUGCUGGCCAUGGGCAUGAUGCCGGUGAACAUGCUGAUGUACGGCUACUACGUAGACACAGGCGACAUUGUCGUGCCCUACUCCAAGAUGGCUAUGAGUCUGGUCUUCAUCUCGCUCCCGGCCGGUCUCGGCAUGCUGUUCAACUGGUUCUGCCCGCGGGUGGCGCCUUACAUCACCAAGCUGUCGAGCACUCUUGGCGGCCUGCUGAUUGUGGUGACGCAAAUCAUGGAGGUGUUCAUCUUCCCCGACAUCUUCCACAACAUCCCUCCCGUGUUGUACGCUGCCACGGUGGUCAUGCCGGCAGCGGGUAUGAUGAUCGGCUACCUCAUCAGCUGGCUCUUCAAGCGACCAAAUGCGGUCCGCAAAACCAUCGCCAUCGAGUCAGGCAUCCAGAACGUUGGCAUGGGUCUCACCAUCGUCUCGCUCUCUUUCCAGUUCGAGGAACAAAAGCAAGCCCUACUAUUCCCAUGGCUUUAUGGUUUCACAAUGAUAGCUUUAAGCUUCCUUCUGUGUGGCAUUUAUGGAAUAUACAAAAAAUUAUUUUCAAAAUCAAGCUCCCACAAUAUUGCUGCUGAAGCUGAAACUACAAAGCAUAACGAAAAGAUGCAGCUGUCAACCGUGCAAGUUCCAAGCCAUGGCGUUUUUAAUGCAGCAUUUCAGGGAUGAUGUGGCUUUCACAAGUUGACUUCAGUGUGCACUUACUAUGCAAAGACUGCAGUUUUAUUGGUCACCCCACAACAGGCAAUGCUGCUGGUCUACAAAUUUGCGCUACUGGCCUGAACGGAGCUGCACAAAAAUGCAUUGGUGCACAAUACCAACAAUGUACAUAAAUGCGAAAUGCAAUUUUUGGCGAUGCCCAUCAUGAUUUCAGCUGAGUAAUGCUUCAGCUUGUAUCACUUUGAGCUCUAUAAAUGAUAGCAGCAUGUAGCGUCUUACAGCAAAACAAAUGAGCCACAUCAUGGCAUCAGAAAUUCGUAUGUGCGCUGAAACUGAAUAAACACGUGCCAAAGACUG